UCGUUUUUGAUUAGCUCUCACAGAAAUAAGGCAUCCGGUAACCUCGAAGAAGCAGGCUGCCGUCGGCGAAGCAGAGGCGUGGAUCUCGUUCAUUUCCGGAUUCACCGAAACGCUCCCUUUUUGAACUGAACCAGCACGAGAUCCCAAACCCAUUUUACAUUUGUUUUACAAUCUUAGGCAACCAUUUGUUCGAUCGAAUAACACGCGCGAUUUACAAUAAAAAUGAUUCUUUUUUGCUGCCUCCAAGCGCCCGGUGUAUUAUCGCGCAUUUAUUAUUAAUUUCACUUGCGCGCACACACUCCAUUAAAAACUCGAACUCGCGAAAUAAUGUAACGAGACAAGGUGUUUUCAACGAUCUUUUGUUUCACGUAUUCAAGUAAUACGAUACGAGAACGAAUUCAUGUUUUUUGCCGCGGUUGACAAUAACUCGCUUUUGACUUGGUCGUUUGAAAAAAUCUGUAUCGAUGAAUGAAAAUUCGAGGCGCAUGCAGCGGAGGAAGAUAAUCCGCCGGUAACUCUGAGAAAAUGUCAAUCAAUUGGUCCACCGAAGCUUUUGAAAGUUUUCAUACGCCUGCCCCCGUAGCCAAAAAUAAACACCCCUCCAUAUGCACCAAAAGUCCGCUCGUUCUCGGCUCUCUUUCGUUUACAUGGGCUCGUUUCUCUCCGAGACCGUCAAUGUACAUACGACGUAGAAACAUCCAGAAAAAUCUCAAACGUACCAUUGGCAACGAAGACGCCGCUACGUAGUACGACCGAGGUAUAAAACAGUCGCGGCGAUAUUUAUUUUUGCCGAUUAUCAAGUUUUAAGCAGUGCACGACGGGACUGCGCGUUUAAAAGCCCCUGCGGGAAGACGCAAAAUCGUUCAUCCGGUAUUGCUCGAGGGUUCGAACGAUGGAGGAAUCGAAAGCACCGGCGUACGCCAUUCUGAGAAACGAUCAAGUCGGGAGGUAUCUCGUUGCAACGCGAGAUCUCGAGCCGGGAGAAGAAAUAAUUUGCGCGAGCCCAUUCGUAGUCGGGCCGAAGGCGAAUUCUUAUCCGGUAUGCUUGGGCUGUUACUCGGCCUGGCCACCGAGGGAGGAUUGGCGUCCGCUUUGCUCCAAAUGCGGCUGGCCGGUUUGCAAUGGAAUUUGUGAAAACGUUCCGCAGCACAAGGAUUACGAGUGUCAGGUAUUCGCAUCGGCGGGUGAAAAGUUCAACGUGGAAGCGGCUCUGGAGGAGAGCUCGGCGAACGGGGUGGCGCAGCUGGAGUGCGUCACGCCGUUGAGGCUUCUCCUCGAGUCCGAGAAGAGCCCCGAAAGAUGGAAAACGGAGGUGAAGGAUUUGGAGGCUCACACGAAGAUUCGCAGCAAGGGCAAACAGUGGAGCACCGAUAACGUUAAUAUCGUCAAGUAUUUGAGGGAGAGAUUGAAGCUGGAGAGAUUCAGCGAAGAAUCGAUACAAAACGCGUGCGGUAUACUCGCGAUAAACACCCACGAAGUGAGAACGAGCUGCGGCGAUUGCACCGCUCGUGGCCUCUAUCCGACGAUCUCUCUUCUGAAUCACAAUUGCGUCGCGAAUACCAUUCACAGCAUAACCACGAAUAACUUUAAGCUUCAACUGAGAGCGAGGACCAGGAUCCCCAAAGACGGACAGCUAUUUGCCUGCUACACGCCGACCUUUUUGCCGACCAUCCUCAGAAGAGAACAACUCCUCGAGGGCAAACAUUUUCUGUGCGCGUGCGCGAGGUGCUCCGAUCCGACCGAGCUCGGGACUCACUUGUCUUCUCUCAAGUGCACCAAGUGCGACAACGGAAUUGUCGUUUCUCUCGAUUCUCUCGAUUCGGAGAGCACGUGGAAAUGUACGCACUGCGAAUUCACGACGAGCGCUGCAGCGAUUCGCAAGGUCUUCGGGAUAAUCCAGGCGGAAGUGGAGGCCGCCGAGGCUGUUACCGGCGACGAGGGCGGUAGCGCGAUACAAAUUCGCGAGACGGUCAUCAAAAAGUAUCACUCGGUUUUGCAUCCUAAUCACGCCUUUCUCGCGACCCUCAAAUAUUCUUUGUGUCAACUGUAUGGAAGAGUCACAGAGUACGAACUCGAGGAUUUGCCGGACGUCGUGUUGGAGCACAAAAUCGAAAUGUGCCAAGCGCUCUUGAAAAUUCUCGACGUCAUAGAGCCGGGUUAUUCGAGGAUGAGAGGGAUGAUUUUGUACGAGCUGCACGCUCCGCUCCUGUUCAUCGCUAGAAAUUUGUGGAACAACGGUGUGAUCGACAACGCUGGACUAAAAUCGAAAAUGAUCGAAGCCAGUCAUAUCUUGAAGGAGUCGACCGAGAUCUUGGCCAACGAAUUCGGAGACAGUAUCGAGAGCCAGAUCGCAUCGGCGGCUAGAAUGUCCCUCGUUGAGCUCAACGAAUCGAUCAACGAUCUUGAGCGAUCUCUCGAGGCAAAAUAUAAAUUGGCUCACUCCGAAAUAUUUGGCAGGUAUUUCAUAGCGGCGAAAGACUUGUUACCUGGCGAAGUGAUACUCCGGGAAUCCGUGUUUGCCGUCGGACCGGGGGCUUUUAACAAAAGUUACAUGUGCUUUGCUUGCAUGAGAUUAUUGCCGGACGUAAACGCUUCGAAGAGAGAAAACUCGUGCACGAGGUGCAACGUCGCUAUUUUUUGUGGGCCCGUUUGCAAGGAGAAAAAAAUUCAUCACACCGAGCUGGAAUGCGAGGCUUUUGCGGGCAAUAAAAAUUUGUCGGAUCUCAAAAUUCUUCCCACGAUAAUGCAAAUUUUGUUACCACUGAGAGUCUGGUUGUUGCAAAAAGGCGAUCGAGCUGCUUGGCAGAGAGUCCUGGAGAUGGAGGCUCAUAUUGAGGAGAGACGCGAUACUCCAAUCUGGAACAAUAGACGAGUCAACGUUAUCGAGGUGCUGAGAGGUCUGGGAUUGGUGCCCGAAGAGUCGACGCACGAGCCUGAUCUUCUUCAACGUUUGUGCAGUAUAUUGGAUGUGAAUUCGUUCGAGCUGAGACCACCGGGAGGUCUGGAGGAUUCACCGCUUCGUGGAUUGUAUCCGAAUACGGCCGUGAUGGCUCACGAAUGCAUUCGCAAUACUCACAUCACCGUCGACGAUAAGUUUCAACUGACGGUCUACGCCUCCCUGCCUAUCGAAGCCGAUCAACCGAUUUUCGUCAAUUAUACCUCUCCGUUAUUGGGCUCAGAGGAGAGAAGAGAUCAUCUUCGAACUGGCAAGUACUUUGAGUGCGUUUGUUCGAGGUGUUCGGAUCCAAAAGAAUUGGGCUCGAACCUGAGCACUCUCGUCUGUCCGCGAUGCAAGAAAGGCUCAGUGACGAAUAAAAAUCCACUCAGGAGCAACGUUUACGAGGACAAAGAUAGUUGGCAGUGUGACAACUGCGAGUGUUGGUUGUCCGGUAAACUGGUGAAAACUAGCCUUGUAAUAACAAAAGAUCUCAUCGGUCGAAUGAAACCUGAUAUAAAGGUACCCGUUUCUGUAUUUCAAACAUCUGUAAUCAAAUCAAAUUAUUAUGCAGGCUCAUUGUCUUUCUUUGCACAGUCCGCUGAAGAAUUGUUAAAAAAAUUAACACGCUCUUUUCAUCCGAAUCAUUUUUUUCUUCUCUCACUGAAACAAAAAAUGUUGGAACUUUAUAAAAAAGAAUGUUCCUGCUUGAAUCCGGAUACGUUGCUGAUGAAACGGAUGGUACAACUUUGCAAAGAUAUCGUCAACGUCCUUGAGAUUGUCGAACCCGGAAUAUCAAGGUCGAAAGGAAUAAUACUUUGGGAGAUGCAUCUGCCGCUGGUCCUACUUGCUGAUCAUGACUACACGGCAAAAAGAAUCGGCGCUAAAAAGCUCGUGGAACGCCUGGAAGACGCUGAACGACACUUGAAAAGAUCUUUAACGAUGUUACUCCUCGAGCCACCAGAAACGCCGGAAGGUUUUUUGGCGCGACAAGCUCUACAAGAUUAUAAAUCGUUGCGGGAAACUUUGGCUCAAGCGAGACUCCUCGAAUCCUCGAUUCAAGCCAACAAUUCAGAAAAACAAACGACAAAACUCCUACAUCGUCACAACAAACACUGAAUAAAAAAUCCGUUUUUUACUAUUCCAAA